CAACAACCCUACUUGCAGCAAAGUCUUCCGUCCACCCUGCACAAGGAAUCAUCCGCGGCGGGAUAGCGUUUGCCCCAGCGUCUGGGCCGAAUGCUGAGAAGCACCAGAUUUGCGGAGGCUGAGGGUGGGGAGCGUUAAGCGGGAAAUGACCUUCACAUUUCAACCAGAGGACUUAAAACGUGACUCUAGUAAAAAAAUGUCUCAUCAACACUUGUUUCCCUUGGCCAUGGAGGAAGAUGUGAAAACAGCAGACACCAAAAAAGCCAACCGAGCCCUCGACCAUGAAAAAGAAAACACUCGCUCCAUCUGUCUCCUUGAGCAAAAACGAAAAGUUGUUUCUUCCAAUAUCGAUGUUCCUCCAGCAAGGAAAUCUUCAGAGGAACUGGACAUGGAUAAGGUGACAGCAGCAAUGGUACUAACCAGCUUGUCCACCAGCCCUUUGGUUCGAAGCCCACCUGUGCGGCCGAAUGGGACAGAGGGCCUCAGCGGAUCCUGGAAGGAGGGAGGAGGCGUGCCUUCCAGCAGCAGCAGCAGCGGCUACUGGAGCUGGAGCGCCCCCAGCGACCAGUCCAACCCGUCCACGCCGUCGCCGCCGCUGUCGGCCGACAGCUUCAAGCCCGUCCGCAGCCCCGCGCCGCAGCCGCAGCCGGACGACGGCAUCGAUGAGGCGGAGGCCAGCAACCUGCUCUUUGACGAGCCCAUCCCCAGGAAAAGGAAGAAUUCUAUGAAGGUGAUGUUCAAAUGCCUCUGGAAGAACUGCGGGAAGGUGCUGAGCACUGCGGCAGGGAUCCAGAAACACAUACGGACCAUUCAUCUGGGGCGUGUUGGGGAUUCCGACUACAGUGAUGGAGAAGAGGACUUUUACUACACUGAGAUCAAGCUCAACACAGACUCAGUGGCAGAUGGACUGAGCAGCCUGGCCCCGGUGUCACCGUCUCAGUCCCUGGCUUCGCCUCCUACUUUCCCCAUCCCAGAUUCAAGCCGAACAGAGACUCCUUGUGCCAAAACUGAGACUAAACUAAUGACACCCUUGAGCCGCUCAGCUCCCACCACCCUCUACCUCGUGCACACCGACCAUGCUUACCAGGCCACGCCCCCCGUGACCAUUCCAGGAUCGGCCAAGUUCACCCCCAACGGCAGCAGCUUCAGCAUUUCUUGGCAGUCACCUCCAGUUACCUUCACGGGCAUUCCAGUGUCACCAACACAUAAUCAUCCGGUGGGCACAGGAGAGCAGAGACAGCACACUCACACGGUCUUGUCCUCGCCACCCAGAGGGACGGUCAGCCUGAGGAAGCCCCGGGGAGAGGGCAAGAAGUGCCGCAAGGUGUACGGCAUGGAGAACCGGGACCUGUGGUGCACGGCGUGCCGCUGGAAGAAGGCGUGCCAGAGGUUCACUGACUGACCCCCGGGGCCACCGCGCCGGCGCCCCGCCGCCCCGCUGCCCUCGCCUUCCGCCGCAGGUUCUGGAAAAGCGCUUUUUCUUCCCAACAAAAUACACUUGAAGCCCAGGAAAAGCAUUUCCAGGAAACUUGGUGGAAUGACAGCAAAAAAAGAAUAAAAAAUAAAAAUAAGGUCACCACCCUCCCUGCUCUUGCUGAGAAUCCAGCGUCGGGCAGCUCUACUUUUUUUUUCCUUGAAAAGAAAAGUCAGCUUUUUUUUCCCCCCUGUAUGUCUAGGUCUGAAAACUGUGGACUUCAUAGCAACUGAACCAACAAAGCCCGUUUUACCUAGAGAGGAGGCAUAUUUUGAUAAGUUUUCUGAAUAAUGCCAUUUCUGAGAUUUUUUUUGACGUAUAAAAAAAAGCUACACGUUAUUCAGAAGCGUCUGUACAGAGAACAAUCCCUGCUUUCAUUGUGAAUAGUAUUUCCCGUUUCCCGUCUGACUCCUCGGAGCAGGGCACAUCGGGACGUGCUGCUGGGAAGCGCGGCACCUCGGGUCUCUUCCUCUGUCUCCUUCGUCUGUUUCUGGCGUUUGCAAGAAUGGCCCGCACCAACCGCCGCGGCGCUGUUAGCCUCAAGGGCCCCGGACGGCGUCCGCCCGCCAAGAGAUCACCAGCAGACUUCAGCCCCAGCUGAGUCCAGGACGCCCCGCCGCCAUGUAGGGGGGCACCCAGGAGUCGCCUCGGCUCUCUAAGAAGCCCUUCGCCGGGAGGCGCCCCGGCUGCUCCUCCGCCGGCCGCGGCUCGGUCGAGCAUGGGCGCGCACGGCCCUCCGGGUAAGCCUCGAUGAUGCUUUUUUCAGGGGAGCAAUGCAGACAGAGGCCUGGCUCUGCUCGGCGCUGCUGGUCUGACGGCGUCCUUGCCAGGUUAGCAGGUCAUCGGGCCUUCCCUCAAAACUCCAACCCGGAACCGGUUUCAGAAAAGGUAGAGAACUGGAACUCCCCCCGCAGGCUUGCUGUGGACAGCGGAGCACAGCGUCCACGUCCCCAUCUGUGCAGAGAGACACGUGAGGUCAGCAAACCAACAUGCAUUCUGAGCGCACUUUCAGAGGUUGUAUGCUUUAGCACGUCCGGGAGAUGGGUUCGUGAGCGGAAGAAACAGGAUAUGGGUGCAUGGGAGGUCCCAAACUUUAUUUUUCUUAUAAAAAUAUGGGAACUGUUCGUUAAGAAUUUGCUCAGAGGGGAACAUACAGAACACCAAAAGGCAAAUGCAUGUCGGUAUAGGAAUCUCUCAAUUUAGUAGGACCAGGGCUCCCACUGUGUUGCUUUUGGCAGGCUUUCUAGCCUGGUAUGUUUGUUUAUUGUUUGUUGUUUGUUUGUUUUGGUGGUCGUGGUAUGGGGGAGGGGAGUAGUCGUCAUGUUCUAUAUAUUAGCUCAUCGUCUAUCUAUAUCCUACCCUGGAUUGCCCUGCUAACGAGUUAUUUCUCCUAUACCUAUGCAAAGUAGGAGCACCUUAUAGUGCUGUGUCAGGACGGGGAGCCUACGAUCAGCCAUAGGAAUGUUCACUGAAAUUGCACAGACGAAAGUUUAAUAUAUGUUUAGAGAUUGUACAUACACUUUUGUUUUAAAGAGUUGAAAGAAGUCAUGUAGUAAUAACAAAUAGCCUUUUCCUUUUAUAAUCGAGGGAAAUGGAAGUUCCACAGUGUAAUACCCACAAGCUCUGCAUUCAUAUGUUUGGGCAAUUUUAUUUUUUAAGCUUUCAAAUGACUUUUUAAACAUUAUUCCUUGAAAGAUCCUGUGUUCCACCACUUAUUUUUAUUUCAACCACACUUAUUUCAAGAGAGCAGGAAAAGAGCUUCAUUUAAUUUCCUGUCAUGAUUACCGAUCCCUAGUAGCUGUGGCACCGGCUAUAAUGCGUGUUUCAGUAUUUACAAGGUCAGCCAGGAAAGGGCAUUAUUUUUUUUUUUAUGGGCGGAGUGUGUUUGCAUCCUCAAUCCCAGCAUGUCUUUUCUCCUCCCUGGAGUCCUCUUGCUCUAGCUACAGAGCAUACAUAGAGAUAGCCACAUGUCUCUGCUGUGACAUGAUGCUCCGGCCUGGCCCAGGAGGCCUGAACUGCAGGUGGACUGCCCAGCGGCCACAGCGAGUCCAGAGCUGAACCAUUUGAGCAGGUUCCCUGUGGACCGAAGGGAUGGUUGGCUGGGAUGCCAUCCCACAGCAGAGGUUUUUCUCUUCAGUGAGUCUCCCUGGCCUGUGAUCCUGGGAUUAAGUCACUCAUCAAAAACAGUCAAAGUGAUGAGGAGCUAAAUCCAUCCCCCCCACCCCCCAAAACUUCGGAACACAAGGAGGGAGAGGUCUUUGCCAUGGAGUAGUCCUGGAGUAAGGUUUCGUAGCUCUGCCCCAGAGAUGCAGUCCAUCAUUAGUUCUGAGCUCUGGCCUGGAGGGGCCAAGCUCAGUCCUCCCCUGGUUUUUAGCCAAUGAAAAAGUGUAAGCAGAAGUGUAGAGCUGAAGGCAACUUCCCUGGGAUUUCUUCUCCUUUCUAAAGCCUUCUUUACACGUACCCUUCUGCGUCUCCUACCCACGUGGGGACUCCUUUCUGCCAACUGGCCCCAAUCUCUGUGUACCUUCUUCUCUGGCUUCCAGGUGUGCACAGACCCUCAGUAGCUUCCUGCACACACAGACAUCCUUUCUUUGUACUGAGGCAUGUCAUAACUAGAGAGCCAACAAAAUUCACCUGGCUGGCCUUGGGGGGAAAAAAGUGAUUAACUUCUUGCAAGCCACCCAGAAAGCGAUGAAUUGCAAUAUACAGCACUGAUUGUAAAGGCUAAAAUUAAAAUUUAAAAAAAAGACAGAGCUAUAUAUUGUUAUAUUUUGGAAUUAAAUGAAGUGCCAAAUUAAGCCCAACAUCCAUUUUCUGCCAUCUCUGUGAUACCACAUUCUUUUACGUCUUCAUUUGGCAAGGGGAGGCAGAGGAUGGUUGGGAAGGGUGGUCCCAUAGCAUACUGGCUGGUUAACUGACUCUCCAUCCAUCCCAGGGACCUCAGACAGCUGUCUGUGCAAAAGGAAUGGCAAUACAAUGGACUCUGGACCCAAAGUAUUUCUAAAUAAGGCGAGCUUUAGCCUUUUGACCUUUCUCUCCCUUGAUCCCCCUUCCUUCAGAAAAUAGUUCUCAUCUCUGUCUAAAGAAGGGACAGGCAUUCUUCAGGUAGCUACAAAGCAAAGAGGGUUCAUCAGGCGGUAGUAUUAAGCCUUUUCCUUACCAAAGGAUGUGCACCCAAUUUAUGGGAAGUAGUGUGACAAGACGGAGAAAAUGCCUGGGUAGCAAGUGGGUAGGUUGGGGACCGGAGAGGAGAUACAAGAGGUCUAUGGACAUCUGGCUCUCACUCAUCUUCUUAAUGCCGGUCAGCCAGUGGGGACUGUCCCUGGGCACUUCCGAGGGAGCCGUCAUGUUGUCCCUCCAGGAGUGGCUGCCUGAAGCAAGAAGAGAGUUCCCUUAGGGGAAGCAGCUCUGCCCAGGGAUACAGGACCACGGCGCACAUCUCUAGGGGCCCCGGACUUCCCACCCUCUGGCUUGCCGGCAGAUUUCCUCAUGGGUUGGAAAAAGCCGGUGUCCGGACAAGGCAGCGGGUUUCCGACCGAGCGCCCGCUCAGCGGGAGAGUGCCUGUCCGUGCCCUUCAUUAGCCAAGUCCUUGUCCAGUCAUGACUGUGUUGCCGAUGAAAACUUGCAGAAGACAAGGAUGAGGGUUACAAUUCUUGGGCUUUCCAAAAUCUUUACAUGAAACGGUUACAUGAAUGUUGCAAGAGAUUUCUGAAACUGAAAUGCCCUCUAUCAGAUUUCAAGGUCAUGUGAGUUUCAGUCGGCUGUCUCCAGUGUCACAGGAAGCCACCACCCUUUUGAAAGCCGCCCUGGGUUCUGAAGUCCCAGGCGCGCCUGAACCCAUUUCCUCCUUCUUCAGACUUCAUUGGAAAACGAAAGAGCAGCAUUCACUUGAGAAUGUUGAGAGAGAAGUGGCAAGGAUUGUACCUACAGGAGAGAAUACCUUGAGAAUAGUAGCAAAAUACUGUAAAUAAUAUUCCUUUCCUCAGGGAAAUUUAAAGGGUAUGUGAAAGAUCUGGAAGAUCCUAAAACUAGAAAGACUUAGUAUCUCUAGAGUCUUUUCGAGUCAGAAGAGUUUUGGUGUUUUGGGGUUUUGUUUUGCUUUUAACGAACAUGAUAAUUAUUUCAAGACAAAUUUACACGAACUGGACAAUACCAACUUUUUGAGGUGUGGAGGAAUGCUCUAUGAAAAAGAGCUGUUUCUCUGUAGCUGACGCGCAGUCUGAGGCUGACCUUGGACACAGGCACGCUCCCUGGCAGGUGUUCAUAGACUCAUGUGAGGCUUUUUCUGAAUGUAAUUGUGAAUACGAAGCCUUGGUGUUCCUCUUUCUCAUCAGCCGGUUGGAUGACUGCACGCAGAGUUCCGUAGGUGAGAGCUGGUCAAGACACACCUUUUGCUUUCAUGGCAUGUUAAGGAGCAAACUUCCAUGGACUUGUGCGGACAAGGUGCUGCUUUUUCUCAUGACCCUGUAGAUUUUCUAUCGACCACAUCAACUGUAGCAUUGACCUGUAUGAACACAGGGAAGGAUCUGUGCAUACAAAUGAGCGCAAACGCAGCAGAAUUCGUGAAUAUGGAUGAGGAUGUGGAUCCUUUUGGAGAAGGCGCUGGGUACACAGGUCAACUGGAAAUUUCAUUUCUCUCAGAAAAUAACCCUACCAGCGGCACACACACUCUCCCUGUUCCUCAUACCUGUGGGGAAUCCUCCUUACUGGAACUGUUCCGUUGUGUCUUUCUGCAUUGUAACUCGUCAAACCAGAAGUCAGUAAAUAAAACGAGAUUAGCACUUUUAGGUACCAAGUGGAUGACUAGGUAAUGCACACCAAUAGAGCAAGAAAGUACAAGGUGUAUUUAAGACCGACUGGUUUGCUUAUCGUGACUGACUUUGAAAAAGCCCAUAUCCAAUGAUAUCCAUGCUUUAAAAGAUGUACCUAUCCUGGGACCGGAAAUCAAAAUGGGAAUUUUACUUCUGGUCCUAUUUUGUAAAUAGUUGCUUUUUUUUGAAGACAAUCUCAUGUUUUAUAACUUUUCCUGUAGGUCUGAGAAUCACAAUGGUAAUGUGUUGUGUCAAAAUGUAAUCUUAAAUACGAUAAUUAUUAUAACUUAAUUUUCCAAAUAAGACAAGGAUUAUACUGCUUUAGGCUUCUACGAUUCUAAGAGACAUGACACUUUUAUAAUAAGCAUUAGUACUUAACUUCUCAAGUUAACAGAACUGGAAAUAUUUUACAAGAUACUGUGUUUUGUAAUCACAAAGAACAUGAACAUUUUGUGGGAAAUGACCUUGGUUUUAUACAUUGUAGCUUAUUUUUUAAAAUACAGUAUUUACCAGACAGGAAGUGUUAGUAUUAUAAGCAAUUCCUGCUCUCCAAACAAAGGGCUAUGCCUCUUUUAAGCAAGCGUUUUGAUGCAUAUCUUUUCAAUGAACCCUCUGCAGCAAGGGUAGAAAUGCAGAUCAGACGGGAAGAGUAUUAUUACAAGAGAGUCAAGCUAGCAACAGCUACUCCUUUUAUCAUUGCCAGUGUGUUUGCAAAGUAUGAUGGAUAAAGACACUUUAAGAAUCAUCCUGUGUAUCUUAAAUAAAAAAAAAAUGUUAGUAGAUAUGCUUGCAGGCAAUGGGAGAAAUAUUCUUGGAAAUUCUUUAGUGUAAAAUGAGAUUCUGUCACAAAGACAAGCUUCACAAACCUGCAUUGAAGUAUCAUUGGGUGGUAAUUUCUCAAACCAUGGUAUGUAAGCCCAAAGAUAGAAUUUUUAGGCAAUCAGUGGUGUUUAAAAUAAGUUUUUCCUCAACACUAACUCAAUAACUUUAAUUUCCUUAUCAAAGCAAGUGCUUGAUUUUUCACAAGAAGAAAGAACAGACAAGCAAGUUUGCGAUCAGAAAGUCACUGUAUUCCCAAAAGUCGGGAAACAAGGGAGGGAGCCACGGAGAGUUUAUUAACUGCACAAAUUGUUUUGAGCUUUGCCAAAACCAUUUCAUAAUGCUGUACAGUUUUUUCUAGCCCACUCACUGUUAAAAAAAAAAAAGGCAUCUUCUCUUUCUAAGAUUUCAGUAACUCAAAAGCUAGACUAAUUAGCAGUAUGCAGAUAACAUCAAAAGUAAAGCUGGGAUAGAAUGACCGUUUUGGGCAACUCCUACAAAGUGGUCAGAGGGUCACUCAGACCUUGCUUUCAGACAGGCUUUAGAAUCUGCACACGUGAGGACUAGAAACGUACGGAGACAGGGAAAACCAUGUACAGCCUCGACUCCUGGUCUCUGAGAUGAGGCAGUCUGCAAAUCCCUAUCUUCAUUCCCUCGACUAUCUCCGUUGCUAGCAUUAAAUCCCCAAGAAGUGCUUAUUGCUGUAUGGUUUUGAACCAAAUGAGUCUUGCUUCUUUUUUAAAUAGAAGCUUCCUAACGAUUUAUAGCAGAAGCCUUAGAAAAGCCAGGCAGGAUCUGUAAAUGAACCAUUCAGGUCAGGCGAAACAGGGACACUACGGAACGGUGGCGAUCCUUGUGAACCAGAGAGAGCACGCCCCCAUUGCAUGGGGCACUGAGCUCUAGGCAAUCAGAACCAUGCAGAAAUCAGGCCCAGGGCUACUAGAUCUUCUGACUUGGAAGCAAGAUGUUACCUGACAUUUAAGUGUUGACAACUCAAAUUCUUGGCCAACACUGUGCAGACCAAAGAGAAGCUAUGUCUGGGCAGAGGCAGCCUCUGGCCACCAGUCUCACCUGUUGGGGAAAGCCCAUCUCACGUCCCACGGCCACGGGGUCAGGUUCAUCCCUCAGCCCCACAAGCCCACACGUUGGCACUAUCCGGGCCCCUAAAAUCAAAGAAGGGAAAGAGGUCAGUUGUCCCCAGAAAUCCUUCUCAUGGAAGACUUGAAUAUAAAAAUAUAGUAUCCUUAAACUAGCGUUGCCUCUGAUCAAAAUAUGCUGAAGUGUUAUCCAGCGCUCCCUCUGCCCCUUCUGGCGUGCCCAGGCCAUGCCCCAAAGGAGAAGAACUGUCAUCCCGGCUGCAGUUCUCGCCUACCGUGACCACUGUGAUGAGGGGCCGGCAGAGAGCAGCCCUGUGCCUUCAGAGAAGGCAGCCAGGAGCCCCGGAGUUUGACAUAGCACACUCCGCCUCCUCGUGCCAAAGCCCUUCGCCAGCCCCUCCACACUCCUUCCCACUCCAUCCUGCCUCGAGAGUGUUCAAUCCAGGGUAAAAUUGCCAUUGUUUCAUCUCCAAUAUAGCAACAUCCUUGCUUCAGAACUGCUAGGUAUUUUAAAGUGUCCACUAACCCCCAAAAUGGAGUUUUUCCACACAGAAAACCGUAGCGCCUUUGUCUGAGGACGAAGACAAAAUGGGAAUGAAUGCGUCAUGGAAAAAAUUACUUUUUUGGCUCGGAUCAACUGAGUUACUUUAGACUAUAUCUUACACCAGAGGCCUGAUGGUAUUGGGAUAAUCGCUAACCCUUUCACAUAUAUAAUAAAGUUUGUUUCCUUCAGACCCAUUAUCUCAUUUGCCCUUCCUAAGGACCCAGCGUAGAGUAGGCCAACCCACGAGAGUGUUUACCUGUGAGCCAGCCCUAUCACUGCCUGAAGGGAGGAGGGGAAGGCCUGGGGAGAGCACUGGCCCAGAUCAAAGUCUUCCAGACGCUACACGUGAAGAGACCCAGAGACCCACCAGGACCUCAGUGCAGGUCCUUCAGCAUAGACACAAAGCACGCACUCGUUCCCAUUGCCACAUGCAAAUGUAAUGAUCCCCACGGCACCCCUUUAGGCUGCCAUGCCCCUACUCCCUAAGGUCCAACCAUCUAAAUGGCUAAUUACAGGAGUUUCUUAGCCAAUGUGAUGUUCUGAGUGAAAGCUUUCACUCCUUGGGAAAAACAAUUAUUUUGCUGUUACCACUCAACAUUCGUUCUCCAUGCAAAUGGAAAUCAAUGCCAAGAAAUCAAAAAACAGCUCAAAUUUACAAUUUUCAAUGAUCAAAUCAGAAAGUACCAUCAACUCAAAGUUGGAAACACCGGUGAGAGGGUGAAGCCACGUUUCAAUACGAAUGCCAUUUAAACAACAUGGUCAAUGCCUGAGAUCUCUGUCAGGGUGACUAAAAAGCUGUCCCAUCAUGAACAGGUUUCGCGAGGCCCUGCUCCCUUUGCUUUACCAGGCUUCGCGUCACGAAUUUAGGGUAGAGCCAGUCCCAGGGAGGGUAGUCCUGGAUCUAGAAGGGGCCUAAACCACUUUGGCCUGCCACCUACCUUCUUAACAGGCUUUUUGACAAGCGAUGCGAUUGUUACCUGUCCGCCAAUACAGUGCCGGAGGAGGCAAGAGUUGAGCCCUCUCCUCGAAGGAGAAGAAACCUGCUUCGCGGUGGUGACCACCGAGGCCACCAGGGCUUCGUGAACAAGCAGGAAGCUGAGGUUCCAAAAGAAGAUGACUGUAGAUUGUGACAGAAGGCGGAGAUUGUGAAUUCAGUGCUCAAACUGUCACCCUUGUUUUUAAAAAAUGUGCUUUCAUAUUGGGCACCGUUCAUGUCAUUAUUAACGGCCAGCUUUCAAAGAAAAAGGGCCCCUUUAUUUAUACUAUGAAAUGUUAAAAAUGAAGUCUUGAGCCAAAUUAACUGUUACAUUUACUUAUGAGGGGCAAUUCCCUAAAUUUUUAAUUCAGAAAAUUCCCCAGAGUAGAAAGUAGCAACUCUGUCGUUAAAGAAGAAAAUUUUCUUUAAAAAAAAAAAA